GAGUGAAAUUUUAAAGAGGGAAUUUUUAAGUCCUUUUUUGUUUAUUAUUUUGGUUUGUAAAUUGGAUUUAACACCAGUGUAUAACGAGAGAUGGAUUUUCUAUUGCUCACAAAAUGUGUAGAUACUUUGUUGCUUACUCUUGAUAAAAUAACGACAAGUGUGUGUUGGUAAAAUGUGGAUCUUCUAAGUUCUAGUCAAACAACUGGGGAAUGUGUUUUUUUGAAUAUCAAAAUAGUUUAUGACAGUAUUCACGCGUUCCUAUAAAUCUGGGAAGUUUUAUUAAUUUCCAAAUGCAGUCAGCAAUUGCUUAUUUAGUUGUUUUUCGUUAGAAAAAGAAACAACAGCCAAUCCAAUGGAACUAUUUCGGAACAUCCUACUACAUAUCGUCAAAUCAGUUCCAGUCAAAUAUUUGACUUCAAGAACAUUUUACUUCGAGACCUUGCCCUCAGCAGAAGUGUGGGUGAUCUCCUAGCUGUCAAAAUGGCUGAAGUCAGCAAUUCAUACAGCACUGUAUCAGAAAUUUGGCCAAAUAAAAAAGAUGACUAUGAACUUGGGGAAAUUAUUGGAGUUGGAGCAACAGCAUUUGUUCAUAGUGCAGUUUGUAAGCCAAGGAAUGAAAAGUGUGCCAUCAAGAGAAUCAACCUGGAAAAAUGGAACACUAGCAUGGAGGAACUUCUUAAAGAAAUCCAGGCCAUGAGUGCAUGCCAUCAUGAAAAUGUUGUCAGAUACUAUACAUCUUUUGUUGUGAAGGAAGAACUGUGGUUAGUGAUUAAGCUUCUUGGAGGAGGGUCACUUUUAGAUAUCAUACGUCAUAAGGCGAGAAGAGAAGAUUGUAGUCGUGGAGUUUUUGAUGAAGCCACCAUAGCAACAGUACUUAAAGAAGUUGCAAAGGGUUUAGAAUAUUUCCACAACAAUGGACAGAUUCAUAGAGAUAUAAAGGCUGGUAAUAUUUUGCUUGGAGAUGAUGGAACAGUACAAAUAGCAGAUUUUGGAGUUAGUUCAUGGCUUGCCACUGGAGGAGAUUUGUCAAGACAAAAAGCUCGUCAUACCUUUGUCGGAACUCCAUGUUGGAUGGCUCCUGAAGUGAUGGAACAGGUAACUGGAUAUGAUUUCAAGGUAGAUAUCUGGAGUUUUGGAAUAACUGCAAUUGAAUUAGUGACAGGAACAGCUCCUUACCACAAAUUUCCUGCUAUGAAGGUAUUAAUGCUAACCCUGCAGAAUGAGCCUCCAACUCUUGAAACAGGAGCAAAAUCCAAAGACCAGUAUAAGCGAUAUGGGAAGUCUAUUAGAAAAAUGAUAAGUGAAUGCUUACAGAAAGAUCCUUCAAAAAGACCAACUGCUACAGAACUUCUAAAACACUCUUUCUUCAAAAAAGCCAAGGACAAAAGCUACUUGAUGGAAACUUUGGUCAUAAAUGGUCCAAGCCAAGAAGAAAGAGCAGAAAAGUUAAAGAACAGUAGACGUUUACCUGGUGCUGUUGGACGUUUGCACAGAAUGGAGACUGGGGAUUGGGUUUGGUCUUCUGAUGAAGAGUCCAGCGAAGAGGAUGAUUAUGUUGACUUUGCUAGGGAAUGUAAGGUUGUAGUGGUACCGCCAUGGACAGAAGGAAGGCCACCAUCAGAAGUAGGGUCUGUAUCCAGUUCUUCAUCAUCACUUUUAAUUCACCCAUCAGAAGAAGAAGCAACCUUAGUUAAUCAGGCUCAACAUACAUUUACUAUUUCUGCUAAAAAUUCAUCCUUAGAUUUGUUCAAUGAUUUGGAACAAGAUACACUUGUUGAAACACCAGAAGGAGCUGUUAAUUCAACAAAAUCACAAGAUACUUUGAUUAAAACUUCAGAACUAGAAAAUUUAUUUUUAUCCGAACAAACCGAAGAAAACAAAGAAAUAGAGAAAGCACCAGAAAUAGAAGAGUUAUCAUCAGUUAUAGGAAAUCAGGAAGACAGUAUCUCUAAGCAAUCAAUUGAGCUGGAACAAAGUCAAGAUUCUAAAGAAAUCAACCAGAUAAAUGAACUAGUACAACAAACAAAAUUGCCUAGCCAAACAAACAGUUACAACAAUACAUCCCAGUUAACACAAGAAUGGGAUGUUCAGCUAGGAGACAAACAAACUUGUGUUGUUACACCUGUUUUCUCUCACCAAGAUAGCAUAAAUGAAGAAGGACAGACCACCAUAUCAUCUCAGGAAGAAGAACAUUUAAAAGUUUCAAAUUCUGACUCCAGCAUUAGUUUGAUUUUGAGGUUAAGAGAUGAAAAGAAAGAGUUGAAUGAUAUUAGGUUUGAGUUUUGUGAAGGCAGAGAUUUUGCAGAUGAAAUAGCAGCAGAACUUGUAGGGGCUGGACUAGUGGAAGGAAAAGAUCUUGUAAUCGUUGCAGCUAAUUUACAGAAAUUGGUAGACAAUCCUUCUUUGGAAUCAUUGACAUUCUUGUUGAAUCCAAGUAAUGAAGAUGACAGUUAUGAGGUACCAGAUGAGAAAUCACUUGUUGGUUAUGGACAACUUUUUUUAUCAGUUUAUCAAGAUGAACAGCUCUGUGAUCACUGAAUGUACCUUAGAUCACAAAUAAGGAUGGCAUCUUUAUUUUUUAGUCUUUGAGUAAAAAUCAACAAACUGAGAACAAUUAUAGCCAUAUCUUCCUAAAAACAAGUUAUAGAAAGUAAAGUGUUUGGGAUAUUCAUUUUACUUGAUAUUUUGUUACAUUUCUUAUUAAUAUAUUGCAUUUUUACAGUGUUAAUGUACAGUUCUCGAAUUUCCUGACAGCAGUGUCUGGUUUUAGUAAAAUGAUUAAUUGAUUUAUGAAGGCAACAGCUGGAACUGGUGAACCAAGUGGUUUAAUUUUUUAUUUCAAAAAAUAAGACUCAAGCCAUUUUGUAACUAGUGUCUCUACAUUAAUUCAAAAGUGUUUUGUUAACAUACUUGAGGUUCUGUUCCAAAUGACUAAGUAGUGAGCGAUGACACGCAACAUGGCUAUCUUGCCUGGUGAAAGUACUCUCUGCAGAGUUCCUGCUGGAUGUGGUGAUAUUAAUAUGAUUUUGAUUAUUUUGCACAAUGACUUUGCCAUGAUUUUUUUCAAAUAUAACAGGUGAAAACAUAAGAAGAAAUUAUUGAUGUGUUGCUUGUGGCAUAUGGGUGCACCAUUUUUUUUUCAUGGUGUUCUUGAUUGAAAAUGCUAAGUUUUCAUUGAUAAUUUUUCCCUGUGACAACAAUCCUGUUAAUUUAUUUUAUUAUUUUGUAACUGUUCAUUUACAUAUGAUCUUACUGGUUAUUAUUUUGUGUAGGAUCUUCAGUUAUUUCACCUAUAAAUAUAUUAUGAUCUUCAUCUUGUGUAAAGUAACUGUAUGUAUUCAGAAUCAGACCUUGCUCAGUAUGAGUUUUUUUUAUAAUUUUUGUUAAAAUAUUAAAUGUAUUAAGUAAUCAGGAGAUACAUAAGCUUUGACUUAUGAUAUAAUUUACCUAGUGGUGAGGGUUUUUGUUUUUAAGCUGUAAAAAUGUUUGAUUUAUUUAAUUGUAGAUAAGUUAUAUACAAUACAAUGCAUAAAUUUUACUCUUGUAAUGAUAGAGCUUUCAUAGCUUUUUAACUAGUUAUUAGUAGUUUAAUUCUCAAUUCCGAGUUUAGUUUUAGGUAGUUUUUCUUUUAGUUUUAGGAUUCGUCAGACCUUCAUUAUUAAUUCAUCAUGUUAUUUGAUUGUCACACUCACACACAUUUAUAACUGCUUUCUUCACUCUCAAAGUAAUUUUUAUUAUGCACUGUUUUGAAGUAUUACACCUACAUCAGACAAUAGGCCUAAUACUAACAGUUGUGCCUGUGUGUGGGUCGUUUAUCUAACACAAUGAAUUAAUCCACCCUUAGAACCUCUUCAACAAAUAACACUCGUUAUAAAUAAUUUUAUUUCGCUCAAGGAUAAUUUUACUAAUGAAAACAUUUAAACAUUGAAUUCCAAAAUUACUAAUAGGCCUAACUGCUUAGGAUACAGUUACUGAUAGUGUGAAUUAUGAGAGCAAUUGUGUUCGUCUACUUUUAAACGAUUUAAUAAAACACACACAUGCUUAACCAUUAUUUGAUAAUCAAACGGUGCUUUGAUGUAUUUUUUUAUAAUUUAAAAUCACAAUUUAAUAUUAAAAACUGAUUGAAUAUCUAAUAACUUUACACGAUAGGCCUUAUUUUUUCAACAUAAGGAAACAUCCUUCGUUUAAAAUGUCUUUUUCUCAUUUCACCAGGUUCGGUAUUUUCUUUACUAACCUCAGAGAUUAUUGUUUUAAUUGUAGAAAUUGUCAUUAUAGAAUUAUAUAUUGGAGUUCUAAUAAAUACAUUGUUGAUUGAGAGAAAAAUUAUGUAAAAUCAGUUAUCGCUCUCUAGAAUAAAUAUAAUAAAAAAAGAAAUUAAACUAGGCAAUUUUAUUGUAUGUUUUGAAGUGGCUCUACAAUGAUUUUAUUCUGCAGAGAAAUACCAGUAAUAUACUGGUCUACAAGGUAAAAACGGUUUUGAAAUCUUUGUUCGACUGGCUUACUGACAGUUUCACUUUGCGUGUUUCUUUAUUGUUAUUAUUAUUCCUUUGGAGAUCUUAUUUCAGGUUUUCUCUAACUGUGGCCAUUUUAUCAUUUCAUUUCAAACAUAAAAUAUAUUUUACUUAUGUUUGCUAUUACCAAAGCCUGUAUAAAUUCAUAUUUAAAUUAACAUAGUUUUCACGUUAACACUACUUGAUGCCUUACAAAAUACUGAGAAACAUUUCAUUGUAUAAAAAACUAAUUUACAACUACCCUAACAGUGACAUCAUUAUACGCUUUAUUUAUAAAACUUAUAGGCCAAGAUUACCAUUUAAGGCAGGGUGAAGGCCUAGUGGUUAGCUUGAAGGACUGCUAAUCCAAGGAUUAUUGGCUCUUGCCCCAAUGCACCGAACUUUGAAGCCAUAGCUGCGUUAUAAGAGUGGAGAUCAAACUUCACUAUUUGGUUACAGUAUUUCAGGAGUUGGCGGGUGCUGUUGACUAGCUGUUUUCCUUCUAGUCUAUCAGUUUGAAAUUAAGGACGGCUAUCGCAGAUAAGGCAUACGUAAUUUUGCGCGAACAUAUGGAGCAAACAAACGCUUGUUUAUAUGAUAAAUCGGAAUUUGAUGUUAAUGUUUAACAUUGCAGAUAAUCAUAUUCCAAUUUAAAGGGUUCAUAUUAAUCGGUGACAUUUUUGUCACUAAUACGCAAUAAUUUGUUACAAUUAUUUAGAAAAACUACACAAAACUGUUUACUGUUCGAGAACUGAGCAUCGGGUUGUUAGUCACUAAUGUUCUAACAAUGUGUCUAUAUUGCGAUUUCUGGCUUGGUGUCUUGGGCAUGAAAAGAAAAAAAGCCGCAGUCUUUAAUUUAUGUGCUUGUUUUUACUUACUUAUAUAGAAGCAGCUUUUUAAUUGAAUUUUUACCAACUCAUUUGAAACUCGUUAUUUUAAUUCUUAUAAAAUAUAUUAUGGUCUGGAUAACUGAAAAAAUAAGUUACUUCAAGGGUGUUCUGAAAUCAGUAUU